AUGGACCCAUACUCAGCAGCAACGGGAACUCUGAACCUGUUUCGAGAUGUUUACCGUGUCACGAAAUUCAUCAGUCAAACUGUGCGAGAGAUCAAGUCCAAGGACGAAGAUUGGAAGGCUUUACAAAACAAGUUCGAGCAUGAAGUCACCGCCCGCGGAUAUUUCGGUCCGAUGUUUCUCGAGAAAGACAACACGUUGGAUAAUUUGGUCACCUCUGUAGACUGUCAGCCAUGGGUAGAAGAUGUGGGAAGGGUUUUGGAGCGCCAGCUAGGGCUUCUGACUCAAUACCAGAAGCUUGCAAAUGCUUAUGAUAUAAAUUCUCAAAGACCUCCGUCGGUCGCCGCCGGUCUAUCGGAACGAAGUCCAUCCAGCUUCCGCGUCAUCAAAAAUGCUUUUAUCUUCGACUACCCAGAGGAGAACUGCGACAAAAGCGAUGUCAUAAAUCUCCUCUCGCUGCUCGAAGGCGUGAAAACGACCUACCGGCACCUGUCGCUUAACUUGCGAUUUCGCAUUGCUAGCACAAUUACAAAAACAGUUGCCUCAUUUCAUGCUGACGGCUGGAUUCACAAAUCCAUUCAUUUGCGAUCUGUGGUCAUUUUUAGGUCCUCGGAUCCGGCCCCUGAUUUCGAGAAGCUCUACCUGGUGAACUUUGCACAUGCCCGCCUAGAGAUGGUGGAAACAAAUCGUCUUCAAUUCGAAGUUGAAGGAGACAUCUACCGGCAUCCGAAAAAGCAAGGGUUGCUCUCCGCUAAUUCCACUCGCAUCCAUGAUGCCUACGCCCUUGGUAUCUUGUUACUUGAGAUUGGACAGUGGAAGGCGGCCAGUCGUGUAUCCACCGAUCGCUUUGGGGCUGAACCAACAGCUGCAACGUUAGUCAAAGCCCAAGAGGCAUUCGUGUCUGCUGCUGGCCAGUAUUUGCCUCACGCAACGGGCGACGAAUACUCACAAGCCGCCAGAAUAUGUCUGUCUGAUGAGCUAGCGUCGGUGCAAAAGCGGACCAACUUCAGCCUCAUAUUUUUGGAAUGA